AUGACUAAGAUGACUAAGGUUCAAAAUAUUACACAUGCAUUCUUCCUUAUCUGUUCAAUAACACUUAAUGUCUUAAUGAUUAAGUUGUUUUUUGGUGGUGGAUGGGAACAAAGAUGGACAAAAUUGGCCGUGGAAGAAGCCGAAACUGUUGCAUCUAUUUCUUGCUCAGGCCAUGGGAGGGCAUUCUUAGAUAGUUUAGGUGUUGAUGGUAAGCCCAUUUGUGAGUGUAAUGCUUGCUUUAACGGUCCAGAUUGCUCAGAGUUUAUUCCUGAUUGUGUGGUAGAUGCAGACAGUGGAGAUCCCAUGUUCUUGGAGCCCUUCUGGCUGAAGCAUUCAGCUAGCAGCGCUGUUGUGGUUCCGGGAUGGCAUCGUAUGAGCUACGAAUUCAAUGAUGGUUCUCUCGUCUCAGAAGAACUCAAAAUGCACAUCCGCAAACUGCAUGCUACUGUAGGAAAUGCGAACACAGAUGGAAGAUACAUGAUUUUUGGUGCUGGGGCAACCCAACUUCUUAAUGCAGCAGUGCUUGCCCUUUCCUCUCAUGAUGAUUCAUCUUCUCCUUCAAGGAUUGUAGCUUCAGUCCCAUUCUACCCAGUUUAUAAACAGCAAACGGAGUUUUUCCAAACUGAAGAUUACAAGUUCAAUGGAGAAACUUCAAGGUGGAAAGACCAUAUGGAUUACUCGAGUAACUAUAUUGAGUUUGUGACUUCGCCAAAUAAUCCUGACGGUCAAUUGAAGAAAGCAGUUCUUCAAGGGCCAUCAGUAAAGACGAUCCAUGAUCUUGCCUACUAUUGGCCUCAUUUUACAUCAAUUCCGUCUCCAGCUGACGAAGACCUCAUGAUAUUUACACUUUCUAAGCUUACCGGCCAUGCUGGUAGUAGAUUUGGGUGGGCACUUAUAAAGAAUGAGGCCAUAUACCAAAGAAUGCUAGCAUAUAUGAGUCUAAGUACAUAUGGUGUUCCUCGUGAAACUCAAUUACGAGUUUUGAAGCUUCUAAAAGUAGUCCUUGAAGGGAAAGGAAGGGAAAUGUUCGAAUUCGGAUAUGAAACAAUGAGAAAUCGGUGGAAAAAACUGAGCAAAAUUUUAUCUAUUUCAAAACGAUUUUCUCUCCAAGACCUUGAGUAUCAGAAUUGUUCCUUUUCCAAAACAAUCAGAGGCCCUUCUCCAGCAUUUGCUUGGCUGAAGUGCGAAAAAGAAGAAGAUAAAAAAUGUUUUGAUGUGCUCAAAACAGCCAAUAUCAUUGGCCGCGAAGGUAGCCUGUUUGGUGCAGAAAGCCGUUUCGUACGCCUAAGUCUUCUCCAGAGACAAGAUGGCUUCGAUUUAUUACUUAAGCGAAUGGAAAAUUUAGUGCUUGAAGAAAAUCAGAAAGGACAUUUUGAAGAAAAUGGAAGCAGAAUCAAUAAAUCAAUGAUAUUUGACGUUGGACACAGUUUGGAUCCUAGGCUUGGUGCUUAUUACACCGAUGAAUUAAUGGAUGCAAGCUACCUAUUCCUAACGAACCGAAACCCUUUAACCUUUAUGUAA